GAGCCCAGCAGCGGCUGCCCUGGAUGUCUUCGCGAUAGAGUCGCGAGUCGAUUGGAAGCGAGUCGUUAAGGCGUCGUAAAACAGCGGAGGGCCCUUCCUCGAAACAUCCUCCCCAGAGUUGGUAGCGGAUUGCAGAUAGUCCAGAAUCAUGAUUGAGAGUGAAGAUAAUUCAACAAAUGAUAGAGAGUCGGCAGAAGGUAAUUUUCCUCAGUAUACUUUAUUCGAUAUUACAAUAGAUCCCGGCUUAAAAGACAACGAAGGUAACGAAUUUCCUAGGCCGUACACCAAAAAUCAGAUGCGUAAAUGGCUGAAGAAAGUGAAGUGGGCAAAUCGUAAAGCAGAAAAACGGGCACACGAGAAAGCGAGAGCUAAAGAGCGUAGGAGAGAAGCCCGCGAAGCUAACAUAGAUUUAGGACCCAACAGAAAAGCUCUAAAGAAAAUGAAACUAGAAAAACCUAAGAGCACCACAGGUAUAAUCAUAGAUCUAAGUUUUGAUAACCUAAUGAUAGAAAAGGACAGGUUCAAAGUAAUAAAGCAGAUCUUGAGAUGUUACUCUAUAAAUAGAAGAUCUGACAAACCUUUGAAGUUUCAUAUUACUAGUUUUGGAGAAAAGUCAAAAACUGAUAUAUCUCGACAUAAUGGUUAUGAACAUUGGGAUAUAGAAUACCAUGAUGCGGGGUAUCUUGACAUAUUUCCCAAGGAAAAAAUUGUGUAUCUCAGUAGUGAGUCAGAAAACAUUAUUGAAAACUUUGAUGAGGACACUUAUUAUGUCAUUGGGGGAUUAGUAGACCACAAUAAACAUAAGGGUCUAUGCCAUAAAAUAGCAGUUGAGCAAGGCAUCAGACAUGCCCAGUUACCAUUACAGAAAUAUGUGAAUAUGAAAACUAGGAAAGUUCUAACUAUUGACCAUGUUUUUGAAAUAGUCCUGAGGGUGUGUGAAGGGCUGUCUUGGCAAGAGACUUUAAUGAAAGUGUUACCAACCAGAAAAGGAGCCCAUGUCUGUGAUACAGUCAGUACUACAAGUUUGGAUGUUUCAUGUAACAGUGAUGACAAUUCUAUGUAGACUUAAUCAAAUGUUACCAGUUUAACUAUUAUUUGUUGCUCAUUUGGUACUAGGUACACAGAUUAUAUAUUGAAGAAUAUUUUGAAAAUAAAUAGCCAAGUUACAAUAUUUAUUAAUAGGCGCCUUGACGUCGAGUUGCGGACACCAGCCCGUUACACCAAGUACCAAGUAGUACAAUAUUUACAUGUAAAUAGCUUUUAUUCUGCUAGUAACUUUUAUUAUCACAUGAAUUAUUAUUGUCACAUCCAUAAGAAGGUAUUACGAAUUUCCAAGAAUGCGACCUAAAAUAUCUAAAUAUCAUUACUGAGGAUAGAACAAAAUAUUCCACUGCCUCGGAUAUCACACUUACCUUGACUAUACUGUACACUAUACUAUGUAUAAUAAUUUUUAAUUAUUUAUUGACAUUUAUCACGUCUGUUUGAGUAAAAUGAUCACUGGUCUUCUUCAAAUUUGGUGUGUAAUGUAAAGAAAAUGUAUCAUAAUUAAAAAUAGAGACAUUAACUUUUCUUUAUCAAAUUCAUCAAAGGUGUUGACUGUUAGCGAAGCUUCGAAUUUUGUAUUAUUUCAUAGCGUAGGUAUUCAUUAUCAAAAUUUUAUAAAAAUCA